CGGGCGACGACUACCUACUCUGUAGGAGACCGCAAGUGGUGCAGAAGAAUCUGGUAAUUAUCUUUUGUUUUCAGGGACCACUCUUUCUACUCUAAUGUUCCAUUGGUCUAGGCUCGCCCCUAGAAUCCCCAAUUCAAACAUCUUCCGUCGACCUGGCCCCAUUCGCGCCUUCACCUCUAUCAUGGAAUCCUCUAUGCAAAGUCCACCAAUCCGGAAAGUCGGCGUCAAUGAGCAGAAGGACAGGAAGAGACCACUCCAAGGUGGAAGGAGCUCUAAAAGACAGAGAACGAGGAAGGAGAAACCCAUACAGGAAGGAUCAAGUCAAGAAGUCCUGCUCGCAGAUGUUCGGGCCUUGUUCGCAGCACAGAAGCUAUCAGAUACCCCGAAGAAGACUCCUCUCGAAAACACCAAAGCUGCAGAGAAUAUAGGCAUCGAAGUAUCUCAAGUUUCAUCAACUGAGAAUGGAGAUCAGCCUGUUACCAAUGGCACAGCUGAGCAACAUUUGCCUGAACCGUUUACGGAAAUUGAGGUUAAGGUCGUCGAGCUCUCCUCUACCGGCGAUGGGCUUGCGCGACAUCCCUCUUCGGACCAGAUAUAUGUUGUGCCAUUUACUGCCCCUGGUGAUACAGUGAAGGUGAAAGUUGUCAAACAUUUCGAAGACGAACAUUAUUCGCUCGCCGACUUUAUUUCUGUGGUGGAGCCUUCGCCUCUGCGAGACGAUACUCGAAUCAACUGCAAAUACUUCAGCACAUGCUCAGGGUGUCAGUUUCAGAUGCUCGAUUAUUCGACCCAACUCAAACAUAAGAAGACAAUUGUUGAGAAGGCAUACAAAAACUUUUCGCAGCUACCCCCAGAGCUGGUACCGAUUAUUGAGGACACUAUUGGAAGUCCUUUGCAAUAUGGAUAUCGCACCAAACUUACUCCACAUUUUGAUGGACCUCCGGGCUACGUGAGCAAAGCGGAUAAACAGAGAGGAGUGAAGAAGUCCUUUGAUAAGGUACCAAACAUUGGCUUCAUGGAAAAGGGUCCGAGAAAGACGCUUGAUAUCGAAGAUUGCCCAAUUGGCACAGAUGCCGUCAGAAUGGGCAUGAAACGAGAAAGAGCACGAGUGGCUGCUGAACUGGAGAAGUAUCAGAAGGGUGCAACAAUUCUAUUGCGAGAAAGCACGAGGAGAGUAUCAAAUGGAGACGAAACAGCUUCUGAAUCGCCCCCAGAUACCAUCAAAUGCGUCACGCCCACUCACACUGACUUCAAAACCUGCAUUACGGAUAAUAACGCUACAUCAACCGAGUAUAUUGACGAUUUUGUUUUCACUAGCAUCGCUGGGUCAUUCUUCCAAAACAACAACUCGAUCCUUCCAAAAUUUACUCAAUACAUCCGCGAUCAUAUCCUGCCUCCAAAAUCUCUCUCCCAAGCCAAACAACCCGAAAUCAAAUAUUUAAUCGACGCAUAUUCUGGCUCCGGUCUCUUUACAAUAACAUUAUCUUCCCUUUUCACUUCCUCCAUCGGGAUAGAUGUCUCCAGCGCAUCGAUCACUUCCGCACGGCAUAAUGCAGAACUCAACAAUCUUCCCCCUUCAAGAUGUACGUUCAUCGAUGCAGACGCCUCCGAGCUUUUCAAAUCCGUGAAGUUCCCUGCCGAUGAGACUGUAGUAGUCAUCGAUCCGCCUCGGAAAGGGUGCGACGAGAGUUUUCUGAGGCAGCUUCUGAAAUUCGGGCCAAGGAGAGUCGUAUAUGUCAGUUGCAACGUACAUACCCAGGCUAGAGAUGUGGGAGUCCUUGUCCGGGGAUUAGAACAGGAUGGUACGAGGUACGGAAUCGAGUCACUCAGAGGAUUUGAUUUCUUCCCGCAAACGAGCCAUGUGGAAGGCGUUGCUGUUCUCAAUAGGGUCGACUCGAGUAAAGAGACGUCUUGAACGCAUACUCCAAGGAUAAUGCAUUAAUGCGACGUCCACCGAGAGACUUGCAAGAUAUAGCUGCCUUGCUGAAUGAACUCGGAAUAAUUCGUGCCAUCCUGCAGUUUUCAAUUGUAUCAAUACCGUGCCUAUUCCCAAGAUCUGGACCGGAGUCUUUGACAGAAUAACUAUCGAACCUCGGUCACGAACACUCCUCGCAUAUCAUUCAACUAAGUUUGUCCUCACGCUUCUGUCUUGUUUCGAAGUAGAAGAGCAAAAUACCCUCUUUUUCAUAUCACCUCAAUCAUAUCAAGUGUAUGCUCCCAAGCCUUCCCCGCGAAACCGCACCUGACGAUGUAUUUACAU